AUGUCGCUCCAAUACCUCCCGCACGUUCUCUAUUCUCUCGCCCUAACAUCCAUCAGCAUGCACCUCCUCCGGCAGCGCAAGGAUGCCGAGGCCGAGCGUGCACAGCUCGCCGCCCAGAUCUCCAUUCUCGACAGCACUGCGCACAAGAUGCGCGCCGGCGAGAUCAUCCCCGAGCGUGAGCUCAACCGCCUCCUCAAGCUCGCCCAGAGUCAGCGACAGCUGGUCGAGGAGGCGGAGCCAGUGCAAACGGAUCCCAUCGGGUGGAGAGAGGUGCUCCUCGGGCGGAAGGCAUCCGAGGUGGAAAGCGCAAAAGCCGCAGAGUGGGACCGAAGAGAGCUUGAGAGCGUACAGAAAGAGGUGCAGGCUUCCUCCUGA